GCUGGCCACUGCAGCCUCAGAGCAGGGAGCCUGGCACCAGGACGACCUUGAGCGUGCGCACACUUGUCCCACGGGUUCCUGGCUGUGGGGUUAGGCAUCUGAGCGCCGGGCCCGUUUGGUUUUGGCGAGCAGAUCAUCUUUUGGUUCAUUCUUUCCACUUGGAGACAUCGCCUGCUUCCUUCCAAGCUGGGACACCAGACGUCAGCACGUCCGGGGUGGAGUGGCCGGACCUCACACAGCCUGCUGAGCCUCUUUCCUCCCGCAGCCGGCCAUGGGUGGCAGCCGGGGACUCCUCUGUCUCGUGUUCCUGUGUCUUCUGACGCACAUCCGAGGUCAAGGUGAUUUCGAUUUGGCUGAUGCCCUCGAUGACCUGGAGCCCACCAAGAAGCCCAACUCAGAUAUCUACCCGAGGCCGAAACCGCCUUAUCGUCCACAGCCUGGAGAUCCCAGCAGCGGUGGAAAUAUCUACCCCAGGCCGAAGCCACAGCCUCGCCCGCAGCCUGGAAGUUCUGACCACGGUGGAGGUUACUUCAGCGAUGUGGACCCGGAUGAUGGCCGCUACCCACCCAGGCCCAGGCCACCUGCAGGAGGCGGUGGAGGCUACAACCCCGGUUAUGACGGCUACGGAAACACGCACGGAGGAGGGCGGUAUAGACCCAACUCUCAUGGAAGUCAUGGUGGAGGCGGAUACGCGGGUUAUGACAACAUGCAGGGUAACACAGUAGCGAAAAUCGUGUCUCCCAUCGUAUCGGUGGUGGUGGUGACCCUGGUGGGCGCAGCGGCCAGCUAUUUCCAGUACAACAGGAGGAGAAACUGCUUCCGGACACACGAACCAGAGAACAUCUGAGGAUUUCAAGACCCACCAGUUGCCUUAAGAAAAUACGAGUCCAGACAAGUACACCGUUUAUCCCUCUUGCAGAAAGUUCUUUUUUAUUCUUGGUGCCAUCUGCCUUCCCAGAGUGGCUUCUGUCCCGCUCAGAACACGAGCUGCCUGACCAAGUGUUCCCGCCACACAGGAUACAUUAGAUGGCCCAGCUCUGGGCUGUAAAGAGGUUGCUGACCUGUGGGUUCGACCACAAAUUUGGACUCUGUUUGGGGUUGCCAGCUACCUCACAGGGUGGCAGGCACAUAUUUGACCCCGUGGACCUCAUCUGCAUGCACAGUGGCCAUGAAACAGCCUGGGGUCUUGGGUGGGGAUGUUGUCUGCUUCUGAGAGAGGAAGAAGGGGGUGCAGGUUUCAAACAAGCUGAGGCCAGAAGCUGGCCUUCCGUCGCCCUGUUCAGCUGCGUCAGAAGUCCCGAGUGUUCACCUUGCAGGCAAAGGGGGAAGGGAUGACUCCCCCCAGCAAUGUGAGCAUGAUUUUCACAAAUACGCAUCCUGAUUCCCUGGAGAAAACCAGAGUUGGAAUGUCAAAUGCAAAAUCACUGGUUCAGACCAUCUCGGGGAACGGGUCUUCGGAUCCGUUGUCGUGUGAAAUCUUACGGUUUCGAUGUUCUCUGCAAAGCACAGAACUGCAAUGCAGAUAUGCACAUGUUGGGUCUUUCCGUGUUUAUAGACUCUGAUGCUCUCAAGGUACUGAUUCUUCGGGCAACCGCAUUGUUUCCCCUGGUGUAUGCUUUUUAUUUUUACAGGAAUACAAAAUCUUAAAUCUUCAAACAUCUAGGACGUAUAUUCACUCUUCUUCUGUUCUAAUAAUACUUCAGCGGGCAGUUUGGACCUGUUGGUAUCGUGUGAUUCAACCGAAGGAAAUGUUCAUAGAAGUUUGCAGCUUUGCCCUGAAAUUCAGAAGCAAAGAUGAGGACAUGCAUUGCAACGUGUAAUUCAAACAGGACUUGUGAAAAUCUGUGCAUGCGGGGUGCUCACCCUUGUGGACUGGGAACUAAGUCUCCCAAGAGAAGGCGCCAAAUGCAGAAAGCAUUUCAAAAAGCCUCCCAAACUGGAAAAGAACUCUGAACUAACUUGAGACUUAAAAUCAGACAUCCCAGCAUUACGCGUCUCCCAUCAUGAAUUCCUGUACGAUGGGAACGAUCCGAAGGCAGCUCUAUUUCCGAUUUGAAUACGAGGGUUCUCGACGUUUGUGCAUGUUUUCUUCUAUGUGACAAAGUUUCAAUAUGUGCGUCUCAGUGUGAUUUUAAUGGACCCUUUGUUAAAAAGCACACGUGUGGGUGUAUAUAUUCGGCCACACACACGGUUCCCACAGACGCAUAUAUCGCCACGUGGAUCUGAAGCAUUUUUAAAGAUAAUUCCCCCCAUUUGCUGGAACUGUCAUGAACAGUUUCUCCAUUGUCAUCAACCAUUGUUCAACGUGACAUAAACGUAAAGGGGAGACUUGGGCUUUGAGGCUUGUGUGGUGCAUUUUGGGUUUUCCAUCUCCUUUCCACAUUUAGGUUUAUAAACCUAAACGUGUAGAACGGGAGUGGAAGGGUGUACACAUCGUGAAGCAAUGUUGCUUUGCAUGGAUGCCGUAAAGCCCUUUCUGGUCUCUGUUGUGUGGCCUCGGGUGCACAUCCCCCCCGGGCUGGUCUGUGCUCAGUCCCGAUGGACAAGGUAGAUAUUGGAGAACCGGACGGCGUCUGGCGUCAGCCAAAGGAGGAAAUAGUCUCGUUGGCCCACUCAGAACAGGAUGGAUUCUGAAUGCAUAAAACUAAUGGCAGAAUUAUGGGAUCACACUCCCCACAUAACAAGAACAAAGAAUGGUUAAUGUUCAACCUAGUACAAAUAAACUAUAUUUGGCUUUCCA